CUGCCUCACAGCGGGCUGCACCCACUGCCCAAGCUGCAGGUGAGCUUCCAGCAGCUCCGCAGACCGGAUCCCCGGCCUCAGCCAUGAUGAGGCGAGGCUUCCGAGCAGCAGCCACCCUGGGCCGCCUCAGAGCCCUUCCUGGCGCGCCCUGCCUCCUGCCCAUCCGCAACCCCGCCACGGCGUCUGGAUCCUCCAUGGCCUCCCGGAUCUCAAGAUUCUGCCCAGAGAAGACAGACUUUAAGGAUUUUGCCCUUCCCAAUGCCAGCUGGUGUCCCGACAUGCUGGGCCUGUACCAAGAAUUUCUGGAGAAGACCAAGACCGACGGCUGGAUCAAACUGCCCUCCUUCAAGUCCAACAGAGAACACAUCCACGGGCUCAAACUCCCAACCGAAUUAGCCGAUACCCCAGAAAAAAGUGACAGCCGCAUCAUCACCAGGAGCAUCCAAGUGGAAGGACAAGGCUACGAGCAUGUCAUCUUCUUUAAUCCGUCCGAGAAGAAGUCCGUCUGUCUUUUCCAGCCGGGCCCCUACUUGGAGGGACCCCCAGGGUUUGCCCACGGAGGGUCCCUGGCCACCAUGAUGGACGAGACCUUUUCUAAAACCGCCUACCUGGUUGGAGAGGGGCUGUUAACACUCAGUAUCAGCAUCAGGUUCAAAAACAUGAUCCCCGUGGGCUCACUGGCUGUCCUAAAUGUCAGCGUGGACAAGAUUGAGGACCAGAAGCUUUACCUGUCCUGCAUCACCCAGACCAGAGACCAGAAGACAGUCUAUGCCAAGUCCUCAGGUGUUUUCUUUCAGCUGCAGCUGGAACAGGAGUAACCGGAGAGCCUACCUCUGACUGUUCUGCCUCCUUGUGACCCCCCCCCCCCCCAUGGAAUCCACUGAUGAGGUGAAGGAGGGGGCACUUUCCUCUGAGCAAAUAAAGUCUCUCGGCCCAAUUUCA